AUGCAACCUUCCCGAGAUGUGUUUGCCGAAAUGAUGGCGCAAGUUCCAAAGUUGGGUUCUCACGAUGGUGGCGAUACUGGAUUCCUGAACUCUUUCUUCCCCUCUUGGUACGAGUGGUCAUCGCAGCACCGGCUGCCCUUCAGGUAUAAUGCUCUCCGAACGAUGUAUUGGUUUACCCACAAGAACCCGGGGUAUUGGGAGGCCAUCAAGCCGAUCAAGAUCCUCCACUUCUGUUCGUCUCCGAAGUUUGGCGGCGAGCGACAGGGGCAGGGAAGCAAGGAAGCGUCGUUGAUUAGCAAGAGAUUUCCCAGGACGUCUCAAGAAUGUUUGCGGCGGGGGAGGGUGUCGCUUGUAAGCGGACCGUUCUUUUCUCAGAAUCAGGCGAUCGGAACUGCACAUGACCCCCAAAAGAUAAGGGGUAAGUCGGCCAGUGGGGCCCAAGCCGUGCCAGUUGGGAUGGGUAUCGGUGGAACGAUGCGCGGUCUGAGAAAGGCUGCCCCCCUCUGGCCUUGGCCCCUUCUGGUCGCCGCCAAGAAGCCGUGGGACGCGCAGGCGAAGAAGGGCGACCUCGAGCAGGUCUGGUGGGAGCACUACCUGCGGUCCCAGAUGGCCUUCUGA